UCCUCCGAAGAGACUGUGUGCCCGCAGGUACCUGUGUUUUCCAAUAAACCCUCUUGCUGAUUGCAUCCGAGUGGCCUCGGUUCGGUCAUUGGGCGCUUGGGGGUCUCCUCCUGAGGGAAAGGUCCUCUCCGGAGGUCUUUUCAUUUUGGGGGCUCGUCCGGGAUCUAGAGAUCCUCCGCCCAGAGACCACCGACCACCCACCGGGAGGUAAGCCGGCCGGCAUCUGUCGUGUCUUGCCCUGUCUUGUCUUGUCUUGUCUUGUCCUGUGCGCGUGUUCAGUUCCUCUCAGUUUUGGACUUAGAUCUGGGUUUUGGUCGGAGGAGAAGGCCCAGGGCCUUCGGUGUCUCAGGGUUCAGGACCCUCAGCGCCUCCGUUUGGGCGGGUCAGAGAAGGAGCUGACGAGCUCGGACUUCUCCCCCCGCAGCCCUGGAAGACGUUCCAAGGGUGUCUGGAGCUCAGUUCUUUGGGGCUCAGCCCGUAUCAGAGGGAUACGUGGUUUUGGUUGGAGGAGAGGGUCCAGGACCCUCGGCACCUCCAUCUGACUCUUUGUUUUGGGUUUUACGUCGAAGCCGCGCGGAGCGUCUGUCUGUUAUUUGUCUGAUCGUUGGAUUUGUCUGUCUAAUUUGUGCCCUAAUUUUCUUUGAAGCUACCAUGGGACAAUCGCUAACAACCCCCUUGAGUCUCACUCUAGACCAUUGGAAGGACGUCCGAAACCGAGCACGUGAUCAGUCGGUCGAGAUCAAGAAAGGAAAAUGGCGGACCCUCUGCACGUCCGAGUGGCCCACUUACGAUGUGGGAUGGCCGGUGAACGGCACUUUUAAUAAGACCACUAUUUUGCAGGUUAAGGACCUGAUUUUCCGCCAGAAGCCGUACGGACACCCUGACCAGGUGGCCUACAUUGUCACCUGGGAGAGCUUGGCAUUUAGCCCUCCUCCUUGGGCAGAACCCUUUGUGGACCCGAAUUGGCUUCCUGUUUCCCCUAAACCUGUUUCCCCGAGCCCACCUGACCCUUUGGUUGCUUCUUCCUCUCUCUAUCCUGCUCUAACUAAGGAAGAGUCUCCCAAAGUCCCUCCCCCGAAACCUGUCCUCCCAGAGGACCCAAAUUCCCCCCUUAUAGAUCUCCUGUUGGAAGAACCUCCUCCGUACCCUGUACCUACAGCCCCGCCCAGAGAAGAGGAAGUGGAGCCGCCUGCUAGACCUCGACACGAGGCGGCCCCUUCCCCUGUGGCUGGAAGACUGCGGGGACGACGCGAGGUGGCGCCAGACUCCACCUCCCAGGCCUUUCCGCUUAGACAAGGGGCUGGCGGCCAGAUGCAAUACUGGCCGUUCUCAGCGGCCGACAUAUAUAACUGGAAACAACACAACCCCCCCUUUUCUAAGGAUCCGGUGGCUCUCACCGACCUGAUAGAAUCUGUCUUGCUUACCCAUCAGCCCACUUGGGAUGAUAUACAGCAACUUUUACAGGCCCUCCUGACCUCUGAGGAGAAGCAGAGAGUGCUCUUAGAGGCCAGGAAACAUGUUUUGGGGGACAAUGGACGCCCCACCUUGCUCCCGGAAGAGAUUGAUGACGCAUUCCCACUUACGAGACCUGAUUGGGAUUUCACCACGGCUGAAGGUAGGAGACACCUACGCCUUUAUCGCCAGUUGCUCCUAGCGGGUCUCCGAGGGGCGGCACGACGCCCCACCAAUUUGGCUCAGGUGAAACAAGUGGUACAAGAGGCUGCGGAGACUCCCUCAGCCUUCCUAGAGAGACUUAAGGAAGCUUAUCGCAUGUAUACCCCUUAUGAUCCAGAUGAUCCAGGACAAAUGACAAAUGUCUCCAUGUCCUUCAUCUGGCAGGCAGCACCAGAUAUCAGGGCCAAGCUACAGAGACUAGAAAAUUUACAAGGGUAUACAUUGCAGGAUUUACUUAAGGAGGCAGAAAGAAUUUAUAACAAGAGAGAGACACAAGAAGAAAAGGAAGAUAGAGUACGUAGAGAAAAGGAUGAGAGAGACCGAAAAAGAAGCAGAGAGUUGAGUCGAAUCUUGGCCGCCGUAGUUCAGGGUCAAGAGAAAAGGGGAGAGAGGGUGGGAGUUCGAAAGGGGCCAAAGCUAGAUAAGGAUCAAUGUGCUUAUUGCAAAGAAAGAGGACACUGGGCCAGAGAUUGCCCUAAGAAACCCAGCGGGCUCCGAAGACCCCGCCCACAGACCUCCUUCUUGGCCCUAGAUGAAGAUUAGGGAGGUCAGGGCCAGGAGCCCCCCCCUGAGCCCAGGAUAACUCUUGAAGUUGGGGGGCAGCCAGUCACCUUUCUGGUGGACACAGGAGCCCAGCACUCAGUCCUCACCCAGGCCCCUGGACAACUCAGCGACCGGACGGCCUGGGUACAAGGAGCCACUGGCAGCAAGAGAUACCGUUGGACUACAGAUCGACGGGUUCAGCUGGCUACUGAUUUUAACCCUUCAGUUAGAAGAUGAAUAUAGAUUAUAUGAACCAGAACAGGACAAGCCAAAAUCUCCAGAAAUAGACUCUUGGGUCACGAAAUUCCCACUGGCCUGGGCGGAGACUGGCGGGAUGGGGUUGGCGCUCCAACAGCCUCCCCUAAUUAUCCAGUUAAAGGCCACCGCGACUCCUGUCUCCAUUAAACAGUACCCCAUGUCAUGGGAAGCCUAUCAGGGCAUAAAGCCACAUAUCAGGAGGCUCUUAGACCAAGGCAUCCUAGUCCCUUGCCGGUCACCCUGGAAUACGCCUCUGCUACCUGUUAAG